AUGUCGCCCAAGCUGAAGCCGCUGCUGCUGCCGCAGCUGGUGGAAGAGCGCCGCAGGAUCGACGCCCCCGCGGGCCAGGCUCACGAUCAGGCUCCGAGCCAAGUUCAACCCUCGGGCCCGGAUAGCAUCGACCCGUCCUACGUCUACUACACGGCCAAUUCCUCGUCGUCGGACGUCGCCUCGCCCGUCACGCCCACCUUCUCUCCGCGAUGCCAUCAGCGCUUCUCCAGCUCAGCGUCCUCGCUCGAGCUGCUGCCGCCGGCGCCCCAGGACGGCGGUCCCACGUCGCCGCUGCCCUUCGCGGCCAAGGCGGAGAAGCGCCAGCUCCCCGACGUGCAGGAGGAUCCGAUGAAGCGCUUCGAGGAAAGCAGCGAGCCCUUUGACGGCCUCGGCUUGUACAGGUGCCUCUGCGACGCGCCCUGCGAUCACCGCAACAGCUCCGAGGGCAUCUUCCCUGGUGACCUCGUCGGCGACGACUUCGACAUCGACUACGACCUCGGUUUCCUGAGCGACGGUGACCUGUCCGCCGAGCCCGGAUACUCGACGAAGAAGAAGCGGCGGCCCGUCGACUCGGCCUUUGCCGGCCUCACCUCGCGCCUGGGCUCGCGGAUGCCCACCAUGAGACGCUGGAGGUCGAGCAAGCGCCUUCACGCGAACCCCCAGGCCGAGCUGGCGGCCGACGUCGGCCUCGGCCUCGGCCUCGAUUAUGCGCUGUCGCGCGAGCCGUCGAGCCGGUCUUCGUCUCUCUCAGCACCCAACAACCCCUUGUCCGACCACCUUCCGGAAGCUCCUCUGCCGCCGCACGGCUCGUCAGCGUCGUACUAUGAUCGAGGCGGCGCCGACGACGUCAGCAGGUCGUCGGUCGUCGAGAUGACGGCUGAGGAGCACUCCAACCUCGAGCGCGACCGCUCCCUGGCGACGACGCCGCUCCUACCUCCGCUGCUCACGGACGCCGUGUCGGUGCCGCUUCUGCAGUCGCCUCUGCAGUCGCCGACGGUUGCGCCGCCGGCGCCGCCGCCCCCGACGACCAUGGCGCCGCCCCCGACGGUGCCGACGCACUACCCGCAUCCCUCCCUCAGCUCCCAGCCGUCGAUGGUGUCGCUGCGGCCGGUGAACACCAACGGCGAGGCGCCUCCCCUGCUCUCGUCGAUCCUGCAGGAGCACGACGAAUGGUCGGACCGGCUCGGCCACGCCAACUUCACCGUCGCGCCCCUGCCGUACGAGCUCGACGUGGUGACGGCGGACACGGUCAGCAAGUUCCGCGACGACUGGGACGCGGCGCGAUGCAACUACACCAAGCAUCUCGUCCGCACCGGCGAGCACUACGGCCAGACAAGCAAGAUCUACGGCCUCACCGAAGCCAAGUGGGCCGAGACGGAGCGGCGGUGGAAGGGCAUAUACGACGACCUGAUCCGGCAGAACAGCCGCUCGGCGCCCGGUUCGACGAGCCAAUCGCGCAACCACAGCAGGGGUCGGGGCCGCGGCCGGUCCAGCAGCUCCGUCGGCGCCAUCGUUCGCAUGCCGACGCACGAGGACGUGCUGGCCGACGCCGAGCGGCGACGGAUGGACGACUGCCUCCCGAGCGUCGUGCCGAGGAUGCUCGAGUCGCUCGACGCCGAGGGCAAGUUCCCCGGCCGCGGUGACGAAGACAUCGUCGGCCCCAUGCAGCGGGACCUGGUCAUGAUCCGGGCGCGCAGUGAGGACGCCAAGGGUCACUUCUGGAGAAGCCUCGCUGACAAGGUGGGCUUUCGAAAAUGA